AUGCGCUCGAUGGUGACUGGGUGCCUAUACGCCUUCGGGUUUGGGUGGAUGGCUAUCGGAUUAGUUAUUCGGGCGGGCGACAUAGGCUACCACGAUGACGGCCCACUUCGAGUGGCAUACAUACUCUUGCGGCCAUGUGCUAUGUUCGAGGUUGCAAUGAUAGCCGAAUAUUGGGUGGAGAGCUUGCCUUCGCAGAUACUCACUCCCGACAGUUUCGCGGGAAAGCUGAGAAACGCAUCGGAAACGAGCAGCCUCUUCGUGGUGAUCGGAGUUGCCAACGGAGGACUUGUGUCGUUGCUUGGCGUGAUGACGUUCUUCGCUCGGAGUUGGCCCCAGCAGGCGGCCGACCUUUUUAUUGUCGGCGGCGUCCUAACCGCGGAAUUAGUCGUCUUCUUCGUGGCUUCAAGAAUAACGGCGGUCAUCAACCAAGCCACCUCAACAGCGAUGGGAAGACCUGGUUCACCUUCCUCGAGGGCUUUCUAUUUCAAGGCCAAGAGGAAUAUGUGGAUACAAGCUGCGGCGUUGUGCGGUGUGGGCUGCUUCCCUAUGCUCGUUAUUGCCAUAAAGCGCCUCACCAUGGCUGGACGAAGUACCCCUAUCAUCAUAGAGACACUGCAGAUUUUGACCGGCCACGGCGGUGCGAUCAUGUUCUCUUCGGCUACUAGCUUUGACCGGGCUUCUGGAAUGAGGAGGAAUUCAGCUGUCGAUACCUCCCGCGUACCAUGGCGUCGCCGUAUCUCCGUGGCCCGAAUGGGCGUAGUUUCAGCCGUUGCUUCGGAGGCAGCGCCAUCAGCCAUGAUCGCAAGGAUCAAAAGCAUGGAUCCGAAGAAGAAGGGGAAAGCGAAAACGACGGAACUGGUGCAGGCUGAGGAGCAGGGCGAGAUAUCGAAGGGUAGCCGCAUGAGUUGCAGUAUUGGGGAGGAUGCGAUCGAAGUCGUCCCGUUUGUUCAACGCAGUUCCGGGUCUUUCGGUGCCGUUUGUAUCCACCACCCCCCGCACCCUAAGGCAGCAAGAGUGAUACCGAUUAGUGUGCCGUUGACGGCUAUUUCCGUAAGUAGCGACGAGACGAGUACGAGUAGCAUGACUGCCGGGCGCAAUUAG